UGAAGCUCGUAAAAAUAACAAUGAAAACACUGAAACUAUAAAAAAUUCUAUUGAUAAUGAAUGUCGAAUGCUAUUCACCAUUUUUUCUUCCUUUCUAAAGCGUGUUGUUGCUAAAGUCCUUAAAAAUAUUGAAAAAAGUUUGGCAGGUUGUUUGGAUAGCGCGGAUUGGCUGCUUGCCAGUUUUGACGUGAGCAAAGCUUAUCUCUCCCUCAGCAGCACCGGACACACGACCCUUGCUUUCUAUAUUUGGCGCCUUUGCUGCGCUUAUCUUCCCUCCUUUGGGCGCUGCUUUGAGCCAACGGGCUCUGGAAAGAUCAAUAGGGGUCCGGCGAGAGCACUCUGCAGGUGCAUGCUUCGCGCACUUUCCCUUGCAAGCCGCCACGCAUGCACCGGGGAACCACAUCUAGCAGCUUUGCACAAGUUUUCAGUGAAAGUUUUUUGCGAGCAUGUGGACCAUCCACAAUGUGCAUUUAUAGUUCGGCAUGUGCUCAAGUUCUUUCGUCAUAAUUUAUUGACUUGUUUGCAUCAAGUUACUAAGAGUGAAAAACUUCUUUUGGGUAUGCCUUCAGCCAACUACCAAGAAAAGCGCUUGAAAAAAAAAAUUAUGUGGAAACGUUUAGUAGAAUUGUUGAGCUCCGACGACUAUUUAAAAGUUAAAGUAAAGCAGGAGAAACUAGAGAAAACGAUGCCUGUCAUUAGUGCUCUAAUGGACGCAUUUGAUUUAGUGAACUCGGCUCAGCCCUUCACGGGCACAUGUUCGGACCGCCUAUUGGCUUACUCAAUUGCGCUUCAGUGUAUAUUACUGUCCUACCUGCACAUUAACUCCGUGUCCACUAAACCCGAAGCGGGUAUACUUCUGAAGAAAACGCGAUUACUAACGACCAAACUUGUUCCCUCCACUCUUCAGCGCCACAAGCAGUUGGCCGUUUCACUAUUUUUCUUUUACAAAAACCAGCACAUUGUUGUGCCUCUAGAUGAAGGCUCUUUCGAGAGCGGCGGCAACGUUAUUCAGAACAGACUCAUCCAUUAUCUGGAGCUCUGUAUUAUAUAUAUCCCUGAAUAUUUGUCUCGUAACCCGACGUACCUUUCCGUGGAAAAUGACGACAACUUGCAUUUUAUGGGGCUGUGCGUCGUUUUCGCGAAAACGCUAUACCACUCCCAAAAUUCUCCUUUCCUAAAAAAUAAAUACAGCUACAUGAUUAAGGAGUUACUCAAAAAGCUGACACCUUCCAACGCAGAUGUACUCGAAAACAUUGCAUCGGCGCGAUUUUGUAUGUACUUGCAGUUUGUUAAAGCAGCCAGCCAGUGCGUGACGCUCUCUGUAUACCGCCCCUAUUUCUUCCACGUUUUUUCUUUGGUGCUGUGGUUGGUUACUCUGGUUAAAAAAGGAACAUCAGUCACUAAUAGUAUGAAGCGUGUUAUUAAUUUGCUGGGCAAGUCGUUUAGAAAUUUGUUCUCUGUGGAGCCCCUCGCUGUAUUUGAUGCGGUAAUAGCUGGUUUGCUUCACGAAAUGCAGUGCAGUCUGUCUCGCUCGGACUAUCGCCGACUGGGCUCUACCUUCUAUGCUUUACAAGUGCUUUGUGCGUUUUUAAGUGGCCCCUUGCAAGCACUACAACGCUUUUCCUACGAACUUGGUUCAGAGGCGGAACAUGUGGAUAAUUUACCACUUAUAAAAGAAGCGCUGGAAACGCUUUUAGCUUUACUUUCUAUUGCAACUUCUGAACUUACAAUGCCUGUACCACAUAUAAAGACUACUUUAUUUUUCUUUCUGUUAAUGACUAUGUACAACGUGGUAGGAUGUUACCAUCGUUUUGCACAGUCUUUUGUAUAUCCCCUCUCCCGAACUGUGCAGGAAGCUUGA